AUGCAUAUUUUUAUCAUUUUCUGCUUUGUAAUAAGUGCAUCCGGUCAGUUAAUGAAACCUGAAUUUGUGAAAGAGAAUCGACAAGUAUGCAUGAAGAUAUCAAGAGACCCAUUCUUUGACAUAGACUUAGUUGUUGGUAAGCCGUGGCGAAUUUACCACACUUGGAAUAUGAAACUGGACACUAAAUGUUUGGAUAUGAUUAUCAAAAAUGCUACUAGAUCGAUAAUCAAGAGAAUUUGGACAGAUAUGUAUGAGUACUUAGAACAGCAGCCUACAUGGGAUGCCGCGACUCUCCAUAUAACUAUGGGAUCCGCGAAACACGAAAUGCUCCUGUUUGCUGAUAAUGGACCAGCUGGAGCUUUCUUGGCAGUUCCUAAUGUCAUUAGAGAUGCUAAUAUCAACCCAUUGCUCAAAGCGGUACCACUUCUUAAGUUCCAAAUGAAGUUAUUACGGGAAGGCAAAUUUCUUCUUGUAAUGGACUGUCACCUUGGUGGAGCGUCUCUUGCAGCAAGGUCUGAUCAACCACCGUACCGUUCAGAGAUCGCUGCUGAGGUAGCAACCCUGGAUAUUGGAGACGGUUAUCCAGCGUGCACAAAGGAAAUAAAUAAAGAAGAACAAUUCUUUCUGAAAUAA